AUGGCUGAGAGGACCUUCAGAGGCCGCCAGAAGAUCGAGAUAAAAAAGAUAGAGAAAAAGGCUGCUCGAGAUGUGACAUUCUCCAAGCGUAGGGUUGGGGUGUUCGGCAAGGCGAGCGAGCUGGCAACCCUGUGCGGUGUGGACAUUGGGGUGGUGGCCUUCUCGCCCGCUGGCCGGCCAUAUACGUUCGGCCAUCCGGAUGCCAAUGUGGUGUUCAAUCGUUUUCUCGGGCUGGUCCAACCAGAAGGCUCUAGCGGCUCCGUAGGCGCGAUGGCAAGGCAUCGGGCUGAGAUGCUUCGCCAGCUGACCCUACACUGCUCGCAGAUGAUGGACCGCCUCGCGGCGGAAAGAGAGAAGAGAGCUGUCCUGGAAGAGAGGCUUCGCAAGGUGAGCGAAGAUCCCCAGGAACGCGCAUGGCCCGAGGACCUCGAGGGGUUGGGGCUCGAGAGACUUGCCAGGAUGGUGAGGGGCUUCGAGGAGCAGAGGGCGAAGGCUCGAGCGAGGCUGCAUCAGAUACGGGAGUUGGGGGAAUCAUCUUCGGGGCCUUCGGCCACUGUGGGUGCUUUUUCGAUGAACGUGGCUGCUUUUGGUUUGCCCAGGGUCCGUGACCAUCGGAUCAACUGACA